GAAGAAAUGUAAACAAUAAACAACAUGGGUCGAGCAGCACGCUGUCGCUGGUAAAAAAUUGAAUUAAAAUUAAAAGCAGUUUAGCGUAAUUUUGUUGCUGCACCUUGCAAAAAAAUCUUUCUUUUCUUAAUACAACAUGUCGCGGAAUGUUGAAAUAAAAGCAAAAAUUAAAGAUUUUCGCUCAUUUCUACUAAGAGCUUCAGAAAUUUCUGAUAAACCGGCGUUCAUAAUGAAGCAGACCGAUACUUACUUUAAAGUGCUAGAGGGUCGCUUAAAGCUUCGUCAGAUACAGGAUCAAGUUGCAGAAUUGAUAUUUUACAACCGACCUGAUACAGAAGGCCCAAAACUUUCAAGUUACAGGAAGCAGACAUUUAAAAAUGCUGAUGAAGCUGAAGGUCUUAAGAAAGUUUUAGAAUCAUCACUUGGAUUAGUGGGCAUCGUUAAAAAAGAAAGACAUCUUUUUAUGUAUGAAAGAACAAGAAUUCAUGUAGAUGAUGUUGAACACUUAGGACAUUUUAUGGAACUUGAAGUUAUGUUAAAUGAAGAUGAAACAUUGGAACAAGGACAAGAAAUUGCUGAUAGUUUAAUGUCAAAAUUAGGAGUCUCAAAAAGUGAUUUAAUUUCUGGUUCUUAUAUUAACAUGUUGUAAAAUAUGCAUGUUGUUAAUUCAACUUAAUCUACUUUAUCACAGACCUUUUUUCAAAAUUAAAUAUUUAAUUAAUUUAUUUUUUAAAAAGUAAAUCACUUAAAAAAUUUAAAAAACAGGCCAGUAAAUGUAUAAAUCUGUAAAUAUUCAGCAUAAUGACACUUUAUACAUAAUGUUAUUUUUUAACAAAAAAUAAAGUUUUUUAGUUCAGGAACUCAUUUAUUUCUAUUCUUCAGAACAUUAGAAAUUCAUUGUACGCAUUGUUUAACAUCUUUUCGUGUUUGGAAAAAGCACAUAAAUAAUAUGCUAUUGAGUAGAUUUUUAAAAGAUUUCCUCAACUCAAUUUAAAUGAUUGCUUUUAUCUACCCUUUUAGUUGCUAAAAACAAUUAUUUUAACGGAGAAGCAAAAUUAAACUCAAAAAAAAAAAAAAAAAAGCAAUGAAAAAGUCCAAAAUUUGAAAUGAGUUUUUUUAUACAUUUUCCAAAGUUAUUUGUGCCACAUUGACAUUGCUAUUGCCAUUUUCAUAUCUGAAA